GAAUUUAAUUCAUUCCUUCCAUAAAUAUAUUCCUUGACAAAAUAAAUAUUCGGCAUGCCUGAUAAGAAUCAUCUGGUACCACAUUUGGUACUUUUACCAAAUACAGUAUACAAAUAAUAUUAUACCAUUAUGCGAAUAUUGCAAAUAUUUUUUUUCUAAGGACCAAGGACGUGUUUUUUUAACUAUCAUUGAUUAAAUACUUAAUAUAUUAUAAAAUGGUGUAUUUCAUUUAGUUCACCCCAGAUUCAAAGAUUUAAAUAUCUAUUAUGAAGUAGCACGUAUUGUAACCAUUUGUUCUUUUUUAAAUUUAAAACAUCUUUAAUUUUAUAAUAAUGUGUGAUUAAUAUAUGAGUAAUGAUUAUAUAUAUAAUUAUAUAAAAUACUAAAUCUUAAAUCAUGAAAAAACUAAAUCAAAUUUUCCUCUUAUUAUUUAUAACUGGAAACGUUCAAAGUAUGUUAUGAAUUAUAUUUUGAUUUAUUUUAAUUAACUCAUUAGAACAAAUAUUGUUAUUUAGGUUCAAUUCAUAAAAACAUUGUGCAUUUUGAAACUUUGCGUGCUUCAGACUUUUCUCAUAACAUAGUCAAACGCGGAACUACUGAUAGUCCACAUCCAUUAAAUAAAGUUAAAGAAGUAUCAUUUACUACUUUAGGAAGGUAAUUUAAUGGUUUACGUAUUAAGCCUUUACAAGUAUUAUAAGAGACUGCUUGAAAGCAAAAGUAUAUAUUUAUAGUAUCAUUUCCAUUUUUAGAGAUUUUCGAUUAAUUUUAACACCAAAAAAAGGACUAUUACAUCAUCAAUUUGAAGCUACAAGUAUAGAUGCUGAAGGAAAUGAAACUCCAAUAGCAGUUGGUUUGUUUAAAUUACAGAAUUGUACCCAUAACUGAAGUAAAAAUAUGUUUCAUAACAAUUUACAAACACUUAAAUUAAAUUUUGUAUCCAAAAGUUAUGAUAAAUGUAUUAAAUACUAAUUAUGUAUUCUUUUUUUCAGAUCAUGAUCACUUUUAUGAUGGUCGAGUAUUUGGAGAAAAAAGUUCACAUGCUAGUGUACAUUUAGAUGAAGGUGUAAUGACAGCUAUUAUUGAUGUUCCCGGAGAAACUUAUCAUAUAGAAGUAAUUAAAAAUACUUUACUUUUAAAUAUCUUUGAAUGUGUAUAUUAUAUAUUUUUUUAGCCCUCUUGGAGACAUAUGUCUGAUAAAGAUAAUAAAACUAUGGUAUCUUAUAAAGCUUCUGAUGUACGCUUAAGUUGGGAACAUUCAGAUCUAAAACAGCAUAAACCUUGUGCUUAUGUUAAAGAAGAUGCCGGUUUCUAUUAUUAAAGAUUUUAGUUUGAUAUAUUCUUAAUAUAAUAUUUUUCAGAGGUAGAAACUGUGGAUGAAGAUGAUGAUAAUUCAAAUUCAAUUACACGGUCUAAACGUGAUGUUGAUUCGUAUGAUUAUAUGAUAACACCAACAAGAACACGUUGUCCAUUACUUUUAGUUGCUGAUUAUAGAUUUUUUAGAGAAAUGGGCGGAGGUGACACAAAAACAACUAUCAAUUAUUUAGUAAGUAUAUUAUUAUUAAGUUAUUUAAGAAAUUCAGCUGUACAGAUUUUCAAUUAUUUGUUUUUGUCCUUAAGCUUUUUUCAAAAAGUACCUUAUAUAGAUUUUUAAAACUUAAAAAUAAUUACUGUUAUUAUUUAAAUUGUACCUACCCAUUAUAAAUGUAUCAGUAUAAGUCAAUAUGAAUGUUUAUAUUAUAAUUUGUAAUCUAUAAUAUUUCGAAAAGGAUUUACCAAUCUAAAGUUACUUGAGAAAAUAGAAUAUAAAUUAAUGAGGGCUCUUAAGACAAUCUAUAGUAUAGAUUGUAUACUUAUAUUUUGUAAAAAUUAACAAAUUAUAAUUUAUUUAAUAUACAUCUAUCUCUUUAGAUAAGCCUAAUUGAUCGUGUACAUAAAAUUUAUAAUGAUACUUUGUGGUUGGAACGACAAGAGUCUGAUGGUUUUCGUGGUAUGGGUUUUGUUAUUAAGAAAAUAACAGUUCAUAGUGAUCCAACUAAAGUAAGAAGUUCAGAAGAUCAUUAUAACAUGGUUAGAGAAAAGUGGGAUGUCCGAUCACUACUUGAGGUAUUUUUAUUUUAGAUAUUCAUUAUUAUUAUGGGUCAAAAGUUGAUGACUAUCAUUUUAUUAUUAUUAUUUACACCAUUGAUUACUAAGGUUGUGUUUCUAAUAAUUUACAAAUUUAUAUGGCUAAAUUUUAUUCAGUGUGUUUUUACAUUUUUGGUAAAUUUUAUAGACUUUCUGUUUUCGAGUAGUUAAUUCAAUUUUAUUUUUAUUUUUGAAUUAUACUAAAUUAUAAAUUAUCAUUUGUACAAUUAUAAUUACAUAACUCAAACAUAAAUAAUGUAUUUAAAUCAUGUAAUUUUUUUUUAAUUUCCAUAUUUAAGGUUAUUUAUUGUAAUUUUGACAGUUAUUAAUAUUUAAUUGUAUAAGAUAUUUUUUAUAUGUUUAAAUUAAUAUUAAAUUUGCUUUUUUUUUUUAGGUCAUCAACUUUCAAAUCCUAAUUAUUAUAAUUUAAACUAAUUGAUUACAGGUACUAGUAUUACUAUUGUGUAUAUGAAUAUGUACGUUUUUUUAUUGUUUGUCUUCUUUUCAAGUUUGUAGAGUUGGUCACUUAUGUAUUCACUUUAUCUUCUAUACUUUUUUUCUUCUAUUUUUUGAUUUACUCAUCACAAUUAUACAGUAACAUAAAUGCAAUGAAAUAUUUUUACCCUCCUACAUCACUGACAGUUAUUAAUAUUUGAAAAAUCAUAAUACACAAUAUUGUUAAUGGUUUCAAGUGUUACAUAAGUUUGCAAUGAAUUUGUCUAUAAUGUUUUGUGACUUAAACUUCUUUCUUUGGGAAUUUGUAAUACUGCUAAACUAUUUAUAGUUCAUAGUUCAUUUUUAAGUAUUCUUAAAUAUGAAAAUGAUCUUUCACAUGGUUCCUUAUAAUAUGUAUUGUUACAUGCAUAUAAUUUGAUGACAAAUAGUAAAUUUUAUAUUAUUUCAAUGUCUCUUCAUUAAUAUGUAAUGCAUAAUAUGUGUUUAAAAAAUUAAUUGAUUAGCUCUAUAAUUUAUUUGAAUUGUUUUAUUUCAUUAGGAGAUGCAAAAUAAUAUUAAAACUAUGAUAAAAUAUGAGGCAGUACAUUAAACUUAUUUUGUUGGUUUUUUAUUUUAAUCAUUCUCACUUCUUCCAUUUUAUUUUCAGAACUGUCUAUGUCAUAAACAGUAUAAUAUAAUUAAAUAUAGCAAUCAUUUUAUGUAUGGUCAAACCUCGAAAAGACUCUCAUCAUCUCUGAGAGUAUUAAUUUUUUUUAACAACUUAAGAAACAAGUAGCUCUAGAAUAUUACUUUUUAUCACCCUUAUUUUUAGAGGUGAAAUCACUUUUGAUUUUAAAAUUACAACCUAUAUUAAAAAUUCCAUACAAAGAUGAAUAUAGUUAAAAUACAUUUGGGUGUAGAACUUUUAAAUUAUAGUCAACCCAUUUACGAGAUAUUCCACUAUUCUCCCCUUAGUCAUACUUAAAAGUGGGAUAUCUUCUCAACGAGUUAACGGAAAUUAAAAAUUACAAUACCAAAAUGUAUUUUGAAUAAAAAUUCAUCAAUGUAUAGAAUUUUGAAUAAGGUUGUUACUUAAAAAUCUAAAGUGGGUAGUGGUUUUACCAUCAAAAAUAUGAGUGACCCAAAAUAUAACUAUAAUGUAACAUUGUUGUUUUAUAAAUUGCCCAAAAAUAAUUUCAAAAAAAGUUAAUACUUUCAGAGAUAAUGUGUGUAUUAUCUAAAUAAAAAAAUAUUAGGAAUUUUCUAAAUCAAAAGAUGUUUCCGACUAUUGCUUAGCCCAUCUGUUUACGCAUCAAACAUUCAAAACCAAGACAUCUUCAGUUUUGGGUCUAGCAUAUAUAGCCUCACCUAGGAGUCACACAAUCGGCGGAAUAUGUAGCCCUGGUGAAUAUCCUGUUUUUUGCAUUUUCUGGUGAAAAAUAAUUAACUGCACUGGGAAUACUUGCACAAAUUAAUCAUUGUAAAGCUUUAGUUCUUACUAACAGUUAAGUUAUAAAGUUUAUAAUAUAUUAAUAACUUCAUACUAAACAAAUUACAAAAUAAUUUAGAAUUGUAAAGUAAUAUUACAAAAUAUUAACAUUAAUAUCUAAUACUUAAGUGGUUUUUAUUAAUAUUCAAUUUAAAAUAUCUAAUACAUAAUUUUCUUUUAUCAUGUAUACAAAUCAGUUAUGGUUAGCUAUGUUAACUUAUAAUUGUUUUAUUAAUUAAACAAUAUGGGUACUCAUGGGGUAUAAUACCUAUUAAUUAAUUACAAUUUUUCAAAUUAAAACUUACUUAAUAUAUUACUGAUGUUUAUCACUAUCAAGUAUUUUAAAAUAAAACAUUUUUUUUACAUAUUGUAAUAUGUCAUAUGUUGUUUUCACAUCAUUCUAGAAAACUUCAAAUAAAUCAUUGUGUUGUGGACUUUCACCAUUCCUUUUUUUAGUUAGUGGUCUAACAUAUCUGUUGUUCCUCAGAUUUUAAUUCCAUAUUUUGUUUGAAAUGUUUCCAUGUAUACACUCAAUCGUUUGUUUGUAUACUCUUUGUAAGACACAACACAGACUAAAAUAAUGUAUCUAAAAGUAAGUUAUCAUGGAUUUUUUGUCAUGACUAAUUAACUGAAGUAUUGUAUAACUGUGAUGUAAUUCGUUGAUUCAAGUUACACAUACUUCCUUGUAAUAAAAUUUAACAAAAAUAUCUAUGGUAGGUAACAUACUAUAUGAGUGCCACAAUAUGUAACAACAUUUAAACUAAACUAAAUAAGAUUUGCUUCAGUUACAUUAAGUUAUUGAAUUAAUUGAUUGAUUGUAUUAACAGUAUUAAUAAACUAUAAAUUAUUCUCUCUAUAUAUAACCUAUUAUUUCAUAUUGCUUUGGUGGUGGCAGGUAUUUAGUCGCGAAUAUAGCCAUAAGGAUUUUUGCUUGGCCCAUUUAUUUACAGACUUAAAAUUUGAAGGUGGUAUUUUGGGUCUUGCAUAUGUUGGUUCUCCUAGACGAAAUUCAGUUGGUGGAAUUUGUACUCCAGGUGAUGGGUCUUCUAUCUAUAGUUUAUAAUACAUUUGUAUGACUCAAAUUAUUAUUUAUUAGAAUAUUUUAAAAAUGGGUAUACAUUAUACCUUAAUUCUGGCCUAAGUUCGAGUCGUAAUCAUUAUGGUCAAAGGGUCAUUACAAGAGAAGCAGAUUUAGUUACCGCUCAUGAAUUUGGUCACAAUUGGGGUUCUGAACAUGAUCCAGAUAUAACUGAAUGUAGUCCAACAGCUAGUCAAGGAGGAUCUUUUCUUAUGUAUACGUACAGUGUCAGCGGAUAUGAUAUCAACAAUAAAGUAUGCUUAAAUAAUAUAUUUAAAAUAUUAAUUAUUAUUAAUUUUAUUCUUCAGAGAUUCUCUCCGUGUAGUUUACGGUCUAUACGUAAAGUUUUGCAAGCAAAAUCAGCACGUUGUUUUUCUGAACCUGAGGAAUCAUUUUGUGGUAAUCUCAGAGUUGAAGGCAAUGAAGAGUGUGAUGCUGGUCUAUUAGGUACCGAAGAUAAUGACUCAUGUUGUGAUAAAAAUUGUAAACUUAGAAGAGCUCAAGGUGCCCGGUGCAGGUAAUACAAAAUAAAAAGCAUUAUUCAUUUAUCUAUUAUAACUAUAGGUGUCAUUUUAUUUAGUGAUAAAAAUUCACCAUGUUGCCAAAAUUGUCAAUUUAUGGCAUCUGGAGUCAAAUGUCGUGAAGGACAAUUUGCUACCUGUGAGCAAGAAUCUCGUUGUACUGGUACAGGAGCUGAAUGUCCAAAAAGUCCACCUAUGCCAGAUGGUACAGGAUGUCUUGAAAGGGGUAAAUGUCGGUCAGGCAAAUGCAUACCAUAUUGUGAGACUCAAGGUUUACAGAGUUGCAUGUGUGAUACUAGUAAGUUGAAAAUAAAUCAUUAAUAUUUAUAAAAAUAUAUGGUCAUUUUAUUGAGAAUUGUUUGCAUUAAAAAUAAGUCAAAUAGAUUUAAUAUGUUAAAUAAAAUAAUGAAAUAUUGAAUUAUUGAAAUUAUUAUGCAUAGUAAAAUAUGUUUUGGUUAAAUUGGAUUUAUUACCUUGUCAAUAUUUCAAACCCACUUUUGAAGUGCAUCAAUCAAUUAGGUUAAACAAAACAAAUGUAUAUAAUUCUAUUCAAGCUUUAGUAAAUAUUUAACAAUUCUAAAUACAAGAAUAUUAGUUAUUACUUGACUUAGGGACUUCUAGCUUUAACAAUCAUACAAAUAUGCUUUAAUGAGAAAAAAAACAUUAAAAUAUGCAAAAAUAUGCACAAUCAAAUUUUGAAUUUAGAUUUUAUAUAAUAUGAAAAGGAUUUCUAAUUGAUUCUGCUACUUUUUACAUAAUUCAGAAAAAAUAUGUAAAUGCUAGAAGUUCCUAAGCUUUGUCAUUACUACUAUUACUGUUAUUAUUUCUAGUAUUACAAUCCUGUAAGCGUUGUUGUCGUACUAAUCUAAAUGAUACAUGUUAUCCUGUUGAUCCACCUGAUGUAUUACCUGAUGGAACCCCAUGCAUUCAAGGAUUUUGUAACAAGGUACUAUUCAAUUGUUUGAUAUUUGUUUAGAAAAAAAUAAAAUGUUAAAUAUGUUUAUUCAUAAUAGGGUGUAUGUGAGAAAACUAUUCAAGAUGUUGUGGAACGUUUUUGGGAUAUCAUUGAAGAAAUCAAUAUUAAUAAGAUGUUAAGAUUUUUAAAGGAUAAUAUUGUAGGUACAGUUAUAUUAAUUACUGGUUUGAUAUGGGUACCCGCUUCUUGUAUAAUAAACUGGUUGGAUCAUAAACGAGCAAAAGAAGCUAGGGAACGAAGAAAAUGGGAAGAUCAAGAUGAUUUUGUUCAAAUGUCUAAUGAUGCAAGGCCGAAAAAAGUAAUUUACAUUAAAGUGCCAAUAAAUCGAAAUGGUAGUAUUAAUGAUGAACAAAUGUAACAAUUAAAUUAAUAUUAUCAACCAAUAUAUUAAUCACUCCACAAUCUCUAUGCUAUAAUUGAAAAACAAAUUUUUUUUUAAAAUUG